AUGAAGGAGCUGAACCUCCCUCAGCUGCAGGAGCAGCCCUGGGAAGUGGCUACAGAAGGCCAGCAACGGCAGGCCAGGGCCAUGGCCAACACCCGGCGCUUUCGGCUUAAGGACUUCGAAAUUGGGCGUCCACUGGGCAAGGGGAAGUUUGGCAGUGUGUACCUGGCUCGGCUGAAGGAGAACCACUUCAUUGUGGCCCUGAAGGUCCUCUUCAAGUCACAGAUGGAGAAGGAAGGACUGGAGCAUCAGCUUCGCAGGGAAAUUGAAAUCCAGGCCCACCUGCAGCACCCCAAUAUCUUGCGCCUCUACAACUACUUCCAUGAUGCACGGCGAGUGUUCCUGAUCCUGGAAUACGCUCCAAGAGGGGAGGUCUACAAGGAGCUGCAGAAGUUCCACAGGUUCAGUGAACAGCGUACAGCCACGAUCAUUGAGGAUCUGGCAGAUGCCCUGUCCUACUGCCAUGAGAACAGAGUGAUUCACAGGGACAUUAAGCCAGAGAACCUGCUGCUGGGGCUCUUGGGCGAGGUGAAGAUUGCAGACUUUGGCUGGUCUGUACACUCGCCCUCUUUACGGAGAAAGACAAUGUGUGGGACUCUGGACUACUUAUCUCCAGAAAUUAUCGAGGGGAGAACCUACGACGAGAAGGUGGAUCUGUGGUGCAUCGGUGUGUUGUGCUAUGAGCUCCUGGUGGGCACACCCCCCUUUGAGAGCUCUUCACAGUCUGAGACCUCCAAACGCAUCCUCAAGAAGCGGCCGCGGCCCUCGAGGGACACGCGUGUCCCCCGUGGCCUCCUCACCGGUCCUCGGGGGGCCCCUGUUGCCGCUGCCCCGGUGGCGGCGCCCUGUCCCUUCGGCCCCUUUCCCACGGGGAGCAGUUAUUCGUCCCGGGUGUGGAGCCGCCCCGGGGCCCGCCAGCCUCUCCGGGCACCGCCGCUUUGUCCGCAGGUCCCACGGAGGUGA